AUGCAGAAGUUACGAGAGAAGUCCAAAUGUUCGGUUUUUAGCUGUGUUAACCCACACGAUUCAUUACACCGUCUCCCAGCAUCAGAACCUCUUCGAAGUGCCUGGUUAAGUUUUAUUUUUCACGGGAAUGUACCCACAUCUGUGGGUAAAGUCAUUUUUGUGUGCGCGAAGCACUUUAAGGACAACCACUUCACCAACCUCCGCCAGUACCAAGAAGGAUUUGCCGACAGACUUCGUCUGAUUGAGGGGUCAAUUCCUUCUAUCUUUGGAGACGAUGAGCAGAGCACUUCGAGCGCUAAACCAACAAGGCAAAAACCAACAUUUGCGAACAAAGUCUGUCAAACAAAACCCCGGAUGUGCUCAGUUGGGACACAGCUUUCUAUGAAAACUCUCCUACCUCGUGUCAAAAGUACAGUGAAGCGACACCGGUUGCUUGAUAUUGAGGAAGAAAUCUCGCCAAUAAAGAGACCCUGUCUGGAGCAGACCGAAGUGGGUGUUGACUCUACAAUGAAACAGAGCCCCCAUGAUCCAACCUACAACCCUGAGGACUCCAUAAGUGCUUUGAAAGAGGAAACUGGACACAUCAUGGACCCUUCCACACCAACCUACAAAAUGCCUACUUAUACUGUAUAUGAAAAAUGCCUCUUAGAACUUUUUGAGGUGUGCCCAGUGUGUCAACGAGGGACAAGGGUGAAGACCAAAACAGUUGGGACCUUUCUGUGUGUAGAGCAGCGAUGUCCACACUGUGAUUUUCUAAGAAUAUGGAAUAGUCAACCACUACAUUGAGGCACCCCAGCAGGGAAUCUACAGCUUUCAGUUGCUGUGUAUUCCAAUGGCAGCUUAUUUUUCAGAGUGGAAAAAAUAUUCCAAGCAAUGAGGCUUCAAAUGUUCCAGCACAACACCUAUAGACGGCAUGCCAGACUUUACAUAGAGCCAGCUAUUAUAUACAAGUGGUAGUCAACACAGGCUGGUAUGGAGACGCUUAAAACACAAAAAGCCAUACUUGGUGGUGACAUGAGGGCUGACUCUCCAGAGGACACAGUGCCAAGUUUGGAAGCUACACAAUGAUGGAUCUGAGGAGCAACAAAGUCAUUGACUUACAACUAGUUCAAAUUAUGUCGAUGACAUCAUGGAGCUGGUCUUUGAACAAGUUUUCCCUGACCCAACUCUGUAUAUAGAUGAGGCAACAGUGGUCUCCGCUUACGUCUCCCGCUUCAAUCCAGGACCAGUCUGAAGCCCACAUACUGUCCCUCAUUGUCUGGAAACUCCUGCCGUAUUCUCAAGACAACACAAGACGGCAGGACAACACGCACUUUCCGGCCCAGAUAUCCCCAGCACCAUGAAACAAAGCACCUGUAUGCACAAUAUCUGUAACGACUAAAACACAAACGGCAGAAAAUAGUUUGAAAUGAAAAUUUGUACAUUAUCUUGUUUCUUAAUAUUUGGAAACUUUGUUUAACCGCGUGUCACCUCUGAAACCUGGAGAUGGGGCAGGGUAUGAAGUGUCUCAUUUGCAUUUAAAAAGACAGCACCAAAAUGACUUUCUCUCAGACGCACAUCAGAAAAGGGGCCUGUGGAGCUAUAAUAAUGAGGAAUUUAGACCCUAGCAUUGCAGUUCCGCUUUAUAUAGACCACAAAUAUAUGAUUUAUAUGUAAAAAUGAAAUAUUUAAAAGCAUGCUAUGUCUGCUUAAAUAUUCUUGACGUAUGCCGGUUAUUAUCCCAAACUCCUUCAAAUAACAACAUCCUAUAAAAUGUUUUUUGCGGAUAAAAUCA